UAUGGCGACCACCGGCAACACCUUUGCUCCUAUCUCGAAAACAGCCGGCUGUGCUUUCAGAGUGCUGUGAAGAGACAGGCGGCUAUCUCACAUGUCUGUGUAAUUCUGACUAUGCUGCUCUUGGUAGCGCUGGGCAUAGUUUUUUAUUUCACUCUGGUCACCACUGAGCAGGCUGAGAGCAUCCACCACAACACACCACCACUGCUGCUCAACUACAGCAGCAUCUCCCUGCCGCCAGAGCACAUAUCCUACUACUUCUACAACAACAAGAGGGUCGCCAAGCAAUGUCGCCUGGACCCACUCUGCCCUUUUAAAGAUGCACUGCAGGAUCUGUCUGCCUGUUGGGGGUACGAGAAGAAUUGUGAUCCAGGGAAGCGUUUUAGCUUUCCAGUCUGUACCAAAGCAGACUCUGCAUGGGCCCGUUCACUGGAGGCAGCCCAGGAGCUUUUCUGGAAGCAGGCAGAUUUUGGCUACGUCAAGGAGCGCCUCUCUGAGCUCAAAACACUCUGCAAGGCCACCAAGCCAGGGGACUCCUCUUUAAGAUGUAGCAGCCACAGUCGCUUCUGUAAGGCAACAAACCUUUACCUGGACUUGCGUGAGCCACGCAGAGGUCAUGAGAGAUACAAGGAGGACUUCAUCCAGCAAGGAGAGAUUGGUGGCCGAUGCAGACUCAACAAGCAUGCACUUGAUGCAGAGGGAGAGCACAAGAGCCCCUUGCAAUCUUGGUAUGCUGAGCUGCAGACAUACACAGAGCUGGACUUUGAUCCAAUAGAGGAUGGACACUGUGAUGUCAUCAUUGAGAAGCCCACUAUUUUCAUGAAACUAGAUGCUGGGGUGAACAUGUACCAUCACUUCUGUGACUUUGUCAACCUCUACAUCUCCCAGCACAUCAACAACUCCUUCAGCUCAGAUAUCAACAUCGUCAUGUGGGACACGAGUGUUUAUGGUUAUGGAGAUCUGUUUGGUGAAACGUGGAGGGCCUUCUCAGAGUAUGACAUCAUCCACCUGAAGACCUAUGACUCCAAAAGAGUGUGUUUCAAAGACGUCGUCUUCUCCCUCCUCCCGAGAAUGAGAUACGGCCUCUUUUACAACACGCCUCUUAUCUCCGACUGCUACAGUGAGGGGAUGUUUCGGGCGUUCUCCCAGCACGUCCUGCAUCGACUGAACAUCCCUCAAAACGGGCCAAAGGAGGGGCGUGUUCGUGUCACCCUGCUGGCACGCAGCACAGAAUACAGAAGGAUGUUAAACCAAGUGGAGCUGGUAAACGCCCUCAAGACUGUUCCUUUGCUGGAAGUCAACGUGGUGGACUACAAAUUCAAGGAUGUUCCCUUCCUGGUGCAGUUGAGGAUCACACACAACACUGACAUCUUCAUAGGGAUGCACGGGGCGGGUCUCACACACCUCCUUUUCCUCCCUGACUGGGCUGUCAUCUUUGAGCUAUAUAAUUGUCAGGAUGAGAGCUGCUAUCGAGAUUUGGCUCGGCUGCGGGGCAUUCGAUACGUGACUUGGCAGAAAAUGGACAAAGUGCUCCCCCAGGACAAGGGUCACCAUCCAACCAUCGGGGACCACCCGAAGUUCACCAACUACUCCUUCGAUGUGGGGGAGUUCAUGCGCCUCGUGCUGGAAGCUGCCGAUUACGUCACACAACAUCCCAAAUGGCGGCGUCGUUCCCUUCAUGAUGAACUCUAGAGUCUCUGUGAGUGAAGGACACAGACACCUUUUAACAUGAAGCUGCCAUUUCUUUUUAUCUAAAGACAUCUUCACAUCAGCAGAUUUUAUAGUCAUUUCUAAACUGAUCCCUCAGCGGUGAGUAUUUGUCACCUCCUCUCUGCAGCUUUGACAGGUCUGGAUGAGUGAAAGCAAUAUGGUGGACAAGUCAGAGUUGAAUAGCCUCCACAAGCUCUAUUAGUGUCAAAUCAGUUAAAGGAUGAGGUGUGUGCAGUCCAGGUAUCUGGAGAGCGAUAAGAAGCGUCCUAUGUUUCUUCAUUACCUCCGCUGCGUGUACUUCAUUCCGCAGUGACAAAGUUAGCUAAUGAGCAGCUGUUAUGGCGUCCCUUUACUUGCGACAUCUUGUCACAAUUGAUCAGUGUCACCUUGAUGCGAGCCCUUGACAAUCACACCAGCGUUUCUUAACACAGCCAGAAUACUGCAGUCUAAUAUGAUGUGCAGUAUUCACAUGCACUUCUGCAGUUAGUUUGUCAUGUGGAUUUCAGUUAUCACACACCUUAAUAACUCUAAAAUAAAUUGACAGGACUUAAGUGAGACACUCCAAGAUGGAUCUUCUUCUAUACCAGUAUUAGCAUUUGUGCGUGUGCAUACUUUUAAACACCUUCAAAGUGAGUGAUGUGAAACAUACUUUAAAGUAUUAGUCAGUAAACUUCAACACUUCAUUGUUUUACGCAACAUGAUGAAACUGUUGUGGCUUUUAUCUAAAAUAUUUGUCCCACUUUUAAAAUCUAUCUUCAAUUUUUGCGUAUUUUACACUUGUCACUUUUAUAAUUAAACGUAUGUCCACAGACACUGAUAUCUAUUCUUAUUAUUAGUUCCUUUGCAUUUUACCAAAGGAAAUGUAUUACCAGGAUGUUCAAAAACAAUGAGGGUGCUGCUCCUGCUUUCCGUUACCUUACCUAAAGUAUUCUGAAUGCUGUCAGUUUUAUAUUUUAAAGUAAAUUCUUCUCAAAUAAAAUGAGCACAACUUGCAUGCAAUCUGAUGCAAUGCACAAGAGUAUUUUGAGCGAUUUCGUGUUUUUUGGCCUCUCCGGACUCUUGAUGUUUUAUUUAUUGAUGAAACCGAGUUGAACUCAGUCAGACCUUUUUUUCGGUCAGGGCUGUGCUUGACUUGUAGGCGAUUUCAUAUGCAGAA